UCGGCCUUAACGGACGUAAUGCAGCUGAUAUAUCGCGAACUAGAGGCUGAUAUUGUCCGGCGUACUAAUGCAGUCUUUCCGGCCCAAAAUUGCUUUGUUGAGGUGCUCCCCGACCAUCUAAUUAUACCCCGAAAAUAUGUGGAACUGGGAGAAUCCAUUCGAUCUCUUCCUGUCUACGAGGAUGAUGUUUGGAUGGUUUCGUAUCCACGCACUGGAUCGACUUGGGCCCAGGAAAUGGUCUGGCUGCUUGGCCAUAAUUUGGACUAUGUGGCUGCAGAGCAGGACCUGCGAAUCCGUUCGCCGCUAAUUGAGCUUUCGGCCUUGUUCAGUACGGAUCACCAUGAGACGGUUUCCAAAGCGUUUGGAAAUACCGUGGAUCUGGUUCGCAACUUGCCACGCCCCCGGUACGCCCGAUCGCAUCUCUCCUGGCAGCUGCUGCCUGAACAAUUCGAAACAGUGAAGCCCCGGAUCGUGUACACUGCUCGAAACCCCAAGGAUCUGUGCGUGUCCUAUUACCACUACUGCAAGCUACUACAUGGAAUCAAUGGCGACUUUGAACAGUUCGUGGACCUGUUCCUGGAAGGUCACACACCAAUGGGAUCGUAUUGGAAGCACGUAUUGCCAUUUUGGAAGCGCAGCCAGGACGAGAAUGUGCUUUUCAUCAAGUACGAGGAUAUGAUCAAGGACCUGCCAUCAGUGGUCCAUCGCUGCGCUCGUUUCUUGGGUGUCCCAAAUCUGUUGACUUCAUCCAGCUUGCAGAAGCUCUGCGAUCACCUGACCUUCGACAAGAUGCGCGAGAACAAGGCAGUCAAUCUGGAGAAGCUGCUCCCGGAGUCAUCAUCGAAAUUUAUUCGCAAAGGCCAAAUCGGGGACUGGCGCAAUCACAUGGGAAAUGAGAUGUCGGAGCGGUUCGAUGAGUGGAGUGAUAGACACAUUCGUGGAGCGGGAUUACGAUUCGAUUAUGAAUGA